UGCUGUUUGAUCCAAUCCAAUCCAAUCCACUUGUUUUCCUGGGAGGUUAUGUUUUAUUCAUAUUAAUAAUAAUUAUUGAAACUUAAUUAAGUUAUUGUCUAUUAAGCAGUAUAAAAAGUUGUGUUUCGUACUCCUGACAGAUUUCUUACGAUGCCUAAAGUCAGGCGUAGCAAGAAAGCUCCUCCAGAAGGUUGGGAGUUGAUUGAACCUACUCUUGAGGAGCUUGAGCAAAAGAUGAGGGAGGCUGAAACCGAACCUCAUGAAGGCAAAAGGAAAGUGGAAUCUCUAUGGCCCAUAUUCAAGAUUCAUCAUCAAAAAUCUAGAUAUAUAUAUGAUCUAUUUUAUCGCCGAAAGGCCAUAAGUAGAGAACUGUAUGAGUACUGUUUGAACGAGAACAUAGCCGACAAAAACCUAAUUGCAAAAUGGAAGAAGCAGGGCUAUGAGAACUUGUGCUGCCUCAGGUGCAUUCAAGCCAGGGAUACCAACUUUGGGACGUCCUGCAUUUGCCGUGUCCCCAAGGCCAAACUUGAAGAGGGACGCAUCGUGGAAUGCAUUCACUGCGGUUGCCGUGGAUGUUCAGGUUGAACCCAAGACUUCAAGAUAUUUUGUAAUGUAUAUUAAAUUACUUAUCACUGUAUAUUUUAACCUAAUUUAGUGGUAAUAAAUGUUUUUUAUGUAUUA